AUGGGCCACAGUGGACCGGAGAGAUGGAACGGAACGCCGGUCGAGAACAAUGGCAACGGGGAGGGAGAUAUUAAUAGCGAGCAAGAGUUACGGAAUGGAUGGCGUCAGGCGUGGAGAAAGCAGACCCCGCCUUCGCUCGGUCGCCGCGGGUCAUUGGCUCAAUGGCUCUGCUGCGCUGGGCUGGCGGUUGAUCGCGUUUCAUCGUCGUGUCGAUGGCUGCUGCUGAUCGGUGCAGGUCUGCAGGGAGCUGGACAUGUUUCUGCUCUCUGCUUUCUGAGCUGGGGAGUUAGUCCCUUGAAGCGGGAUCCCCGGUGGUGCGUAGUAUCCGUGGUCUGCGGCGGAUCUCCCGAGGUCUUUCAUCUUCACCUGCACCCCCUCUCCACUUAUACAGUGUUGAGACAGACCCUCACGUCGCAAUUGCACCAUGACUGGCAUUUACUCUCUUCCUGCGCGGGCGCAGAGAACGUCGAUUUGCCAAACACCCGUGAAGAGAUUGAAUCGCUUCUCUACCUUAGGACCGAGGCCACUGCGAAUGUGAAAGAGUCUCUAGCUUGGGGAACCAAGGUCGUCGGCGGCGUCAAACCAGGAGUCGAAGGGGAACACCUGGGACUCCCUGUUUUCCCCUCUGUUCGGGCGGCCCAAGAUAAAGCGAAACCCGACGCGUCGGCCAUCUACGUACCAGGGAACUCCACAGCCAAGGCAGUGGAAGAAGCGAUUGAGGCAGAGAUUCCCCUCGUUGUAGCCGUCGCCGAACAUGUUCCCAUCCAUGACAUCUUAAGGAUCCACUGCAUGCUUCAAACCCAAUCGAAGACGAGACUGGUUGGCGCAAAUUGUCCCGGAAUCAUUUCGGCGAUUGGAAAAUGCCGCAUUGGCUUCCAGCCCCUCCCCUGCUUCGCGCCCGGUAAUGUCGGCAUCGUGGCGAAGUCAGGCACCCUGAGUUAUGAGACCGUUGCAUCGACCACGCGGGCAGGCCUGGGUCAGAGUCUUUGCAUCAGCAUGGGAGGCGACGUCCUGGCCGGGACGAAUUUCGUUGAUGCCUUAAAGAUCUUCGAGCAUGACCCCGACACCGAGGGAAUCAUUCUUGUUGGUGAGAUUGGUGGAACAGCGGAGAUUGAUGCGGCGGAGUGGAUUAAGGACUAUCAUCGGAGGAAUGCGAAUCCUAAACCCAUCAUGGCUCUUGUCGGUGGCCGAUACGCACCUCCAGGCCGUAUCAUGGGCCAUGCUGGAGCAUGGACAGCCCCUGGAGAGCCGGAUGCGAGCGCCAAAUACAAAGCUCUGGAGAACGCUGGAGCGGUCAUGGUUGACCACCCCGAGGACUUUGGACAGGGAAUGAAGACCCUAUUCAGUAACCGGGGGCGUGUCCAAAGCACAACGUUCGCCAAUCCGGCCAACCAGAAACGAGGUCUUCAUACAAUGAAACGCGUGGUCCCCAGACAAAACAGAUCCCAGUUCCUCCCACAGUCACAGACUCGCUCCCUCUUCGUCAAACAAUUUCAAGCCCUCGACAUGCUGAAACAGAAAUCCGUCUCCGUUAACGACGCACCACCUUCGGAGUCGGAUAUCUUCUUAUCCUUGACCGUUGAUAGAACAGCACUAACCCCCUGCGUUGUAGCCUCCACCAAGGCGGAUUUCGACCCCUCGCACACAGCCCGUUUUCCAUUCCCAUACAAGACUACAGACUUCAAUACCUCUAGCCCUCUGAUCGGAAAUAUCGCAUCUCAAUUACAGCUCCCGGAAACUGCGCGUGGAGGACUAGCGAACCUAGUCCAGGUUUUGUGGCAGAUCUUCAAGGAAAAGGAAGCAUAUCUGCUCGAAGUCCGAGCUAAACCUUCCACGCAAGGGACCUUGGAAGUACGAGGAGCGCGCUUCGGAUUCGACGACGCUGCAUUCCGAAGCUCAGGGCGUCAAGCCGAGGUUCAUCAAUUGAGAAACACCGCUGAGGAAGUCCCCGAGGAAGUCGAGGCAGAGAAAGACGGCAUCGUCUAUGUCAAACUCGACGGUGAAGGCAGUAUCGGCACUCUAGUGAACGGCGCCGGCCUGGCAAUGAACACAGUCGACGCACUCACUCUCCACGGCGGCCACUGCGCCAACUUUCUCGACACCGGCGGGAAAGCCACGUCGGAGACCGUCAAGUCGUCAUUCCGGAUCAUCAUCUCGGAUGCGCGCGUGAAGGCCAUUUUCGUGAACAUCUUUGGCGGAUUGACUCGGUGUGACAUGAUCGCUGAGGGAAUCAUCAUGGCAUUCCGGGACUUGAAUAUGAGCGUGCCCGUUGUGGUGAGAUUGAGGGGAACGAAUGAGGAGGAGGGGCAGAAGAUGAUUGCCGAAAGUGGCCUGCCUCUUCACGCCUUUGAUAAGUUUGAAGAUGCAGCAAAGAAGGUGAUCGGUCUUGCUUCAGGGAAGCCCUCUAGUGCAUGA